AUGGCGGACACGACCCACCGAGGGGACCCGUGCUAUGGUGACUCACCGGGCAUCAUUGUCCAGAACGGCUCCUCGCAGAAGCCUCAUCUCGCCUCCGACCUGCACCACUGUAACCCCGCCCACUGCUCCAUAAGACCCGUCCAUUGUAACUCUGCCCCUUGCUCCAAAAUCCCCGCCCACUGCCCCGCCCCUCACCAUUUCUUCUGCGACGGCCCACGCCUCGACGACUACUCCUCCGACCCGGACAGCCAUAGCUUGACCUCCCAGGACUCCGGAAUCCCCACGUUGGAAAUCCAGCCGGCGGAGCUCCACCAGCCUCUCGCCCCGCGCCACAGCUCGCCCGCCACUCUGCCGCUCAACAGCGAUGGUGACGGCGUCCACAAGUCGUCCACCUUUCCUCGCAGCAGCUUCAACUCGGUGCGGCCCUUUGCCUCCCCUGUGAGACCGAGCGCAGGGAACGGAAGUGGCAUCCUGAACCGCAGCGACAACAUCUCAGUCUGCAGCGGCUCCAGCCUGAGCACGGAGCUGUCGAUGACGAACGACGAUGCGGCCGAUUGCACGGUGACGUCCGACUCCAGUGCCAUCGUCGCCUUGGAGACGGACGACAGUGCGACGCACUUCUCUGACGUGACGCUGUCGUCUUCCCCAGAGGCCGUGUGGAGCCCGGUGAAGCCAGAGCGAAGACAGGGGCCGCUGGCCAGUCUGUUCAACAGGAGCCUGUUCGCUCGCAAAGUGAAGGACUCCCGGCCGCUUGAGCAGAGGGAUCCAGGCUGGAAGCUCUUUGGAAAAGUCCCGCCACGAGAAGGCCCCAUCAAAGACCCCAAGAAAAUCCAAAAGGAAUAUGAAACGAAGAGCGGCAGAGCUGGAGCGAGCAACCCCACUUCUCCUCAUCAGAGCGUGAGGAAGAACCUGGACUUUGAGCCUCUCUCCACCACGGCCCUGAUCCUGGAGGACAGACCAGCUAACUUGCCAGCCAAACCAGCAGAGGAGGCGCAGAAACACAGACAGCAGUAUGAGGAGAUGGUGGCUCAGGCCAAGAAGAGAGAGCUGAAGGAGGCGCAGAAGAGGCGGAAGCAGCUGGAGGAGCGCUGCAAACUGGAGGAGAGCAUCGGUAGCGCGGCUCAGACCUGGACCCAGGAGAUCCUGCCCAACUGGAGCACACUGUGCACAUCUCGGCGGGUCAGGGACCUGUGGUGGCAGGGGAUCCCCCCCAGUGUCCGAGGAAAAGUGUGGAGCCUCGCUGUGGGCAACGACCUCAACAUCACCCACGAGCUGUUUCAUAUCUGUCUGUCUCGGGCCAAAGAGAAGUGGAGGAGCUCCCCAGCGCCUGUGCCAGAGAAUGGGACCGAUGAUGCGGGUUCAUCAGACCGAGAGUCCAGUCUGGAGCUGAUCAAGUUGGACAUUUCCAGAACGUUCCCACAGCUGUGUAUAUUUCAGCAGGGCGGGCCCUACCACGACGUGCUGCACAGCAUUCUGGGAGCUUACACCUGUUACAGGCCAGACGUGGGCUACGUGCAGGGCAUGUCGUUCAUCGCCGCUGUGCUCAUCCUGAACCUGGACACGGCCGACACCUUCAUCGCUUUUGCAAAUCUGCUCAACAAGCCGUGUCAGAUGGCCUUCUUCAGAGUGGACCACAGCCUUAUGUUGACCUACUUUGCAGCAUUUGAAGUGUUCUUUGAAGAAAACCUACCAAAGCUUUUUGCACAUUUCAAGAAAAACAGCUUGACCCCAGAUAUUUAUCUGAUCGAUUGGAUCUUCACGCUGUACAGUAAGCCCCUCCCUCUGGACCUGGCGUGCCGCGUAUGGGACGUGUUCUGCAGAGACGGCGAGGAGUUCCUGUUCCGGACGGCGCUGGGGCUGCUGCGGCUGUACCAGGACGUGCUGACCUCCAUGGACUUCAUCCACAUGGCACAGUUCCUCACGCGGCUCCCGGACCUGCUCCCCGCCGAGCAGCUCUUCCAGCACAUUGCCAACGUGCACAUGACCAGCCGCAACCGCAAGUGGACACAGGUGCUGCAGACGUUGCAGAAGGACCAGGAGAAGAGCAGUCCUGUGUUGAAGCGUUGA